AUGGUUUCCUUCACCAACCUGGUUGUCUCCGGUCUGAUGGCCGCCUCGGCCCUGGCGGCUCCUCACCACGCCCACUCGCACUUGCACGACAAGCGCUCCUCCAGCAAGCGCGGCGCCGCCUACAACGACGUGUCUCUGGUCAAGCUGAUCACGGGCUCCUCGUGGGCGUACAACUGGAAUUUCGCCGCCGGUGGCUCCAUGCCGUCCGGCGUCGAGUACGUGCCCAUGCUCUGGGGCACCAAGAUGUUCGACGGCUGGGAUAACGCGGUGCAGCAGGCCCUGUCGUCGGGCAGCAAGCACAUCCUGGGCUUCAACGAGCCCGACAUGUCGAGCCAGGCCAACAUGUCGCCCAGCGAGGCGGUGCAGUACUACAAGCAGUACAUCACGCCGUACGCGGACAAGGCCGAACUGGGCUCGCCGGCCGUGACCAACAGCGGCAGCAGCGGCCAGGGCCUGAGCUGGCUGUCCGAGUUCCUCGACGGCUGCGGCGGCUCGUGCGGACAGAGCUUCAUCGCCAUCCACUGGUACAACGACGCCAGCCAGGUCGAGGACUUCAAGAACCACGUCAACUCGGCCAUCUCGCUGGCGGCCCAGCACGGCAUCAACAAGGUCUGGAUCACCGAGUUCGGCGCGACGGGCGACGCGGCCUCGCAGGUGUCUUUCCUCGAGCAGGUCCUGCCGUGGCUCGACUCGCAGGAGGCCGUCGAGCGCUACGCCUACUUUAUGGUCGCUCAGGGCACGCUGCUGAGCGGUGACGCGCUCAGCCAGAUUGGCGAGGCAGCAUGCAACAAGCGAGUUGAAUUCUUUUUCUCUGUCAUAGUCUACUACGUUUACACGUACUAUAUCUACCUAACAGAGGAGUAG